CACUCACAUCUCUGCGAGCUCACCCCGUAGGGUUAGGGUUUCAGGCGGGUAGCGAUGCGGAUCAAGAAAAAUGUCCCCAAGAUCGACAGGAAGCGAGACUACGACAUGAAGCUUUGCAAGUUGCUGAAUGAGUACUCCAGUGUGCUCAUAGUGGAGGCAGACCACGUCGGCUCCACCCAGCUCGCGGCCGUCCGCAGGGGCAUCCGCGGCGAGUCGGAGCUGCUCAUGGGGAAGAACACCCUCAUCCGCCGCUGCAUCAAGGUGCACGCCGAGGCGACGGGCAACGACAAGAUCAAGGCUAUCAUACCGCUACUCGAAGGAAACGUCGGUCUCAUCUUCACCAAGGCUGACCUCAAGAAGGUUCGCGAGGAGGUCGCCAAGUACAAGGUUGGGGCCCCUGCUCGUGUUGGGCUGGUUGCUCCUAUUGAUGUGGUGGUUCCCCCUGGCAACACUGGUCUGGAUCCCUCCCAAACUUCUUUCUUCCAGGUGCUUAACAUCCCCACCAAGAUCAAUAAGGGCACUGUUGAAAUCCUGGCCCCGGUGGACCUCAUCAAGAAGGGUGACAAGGUGGGCUCGUCCGAGGCUGCCCUGCUUGCCAAGCUCGGUAUCCGCCCAUUCUCCUAUGGGCUUGUGAUCACAAAUAUUUAUGAAAAUGGGUUAGUCUUCAGCCCUGAGGUUCUUGACCUCACGGACGAAGACCUGACUGAGAAGUUCUCUUCUGGUAUUUGUAUGGUUGCGUCACUGUCUUUGGCACUCUCGUACCCAACCAUGGCUGCUGCAGCUCAUAUGUUCGUCAAUGGGUACAAAAACGUGCUUGCUAUUGCUACUGAGACAAAUUACUCCUACCCUCAUGCUGAUCAGAUCAAGGAGUACCUCAAGGAUAAUGCAGAAACAUGUGCUGAACCCGGUGCCACAAAGACAGGACUAUCAGAGUUGCCGUUGGAUGUGAUAGAGAAGCUGCUGAAUCAUAUUUCUUGCCGUGGUGAUUGGGCUCGCCUUCGUUGUGCGAACAAGUUUUGGAAGGCAAAGGUAGAUGGUGCAAAAAGGCCCAUGCAGCUGCCAUCGCUUAUAUUGCCAUCAACCACGAAACCUACCUAUUACAGCACUGAUGGACAAGCCGUACAUCGACUUCGCCUCCCGGACAGUGUCAGGAGAGCUAAACGAAUCACUGGAGCACAUGAAGGCGAUUGGAUUCUUCUGGCUGAUGACACUAAAACCCCAGUAAACAAGAUUGAGGCUGAUGAAAAAGAAGCUAUACUACACAGGAACCAGAUCUACAACUUGAGCACUGGACGCGUUAUCCCUCUUCCGCAGCAAAUGUCUUCUCAUGGGGGAAGAGUUGAUGUUGAAGUGAGGGUAGGUGCUAUAGCUGGCUGCCUAGGUUCUCCCAAUGGGUUUGUGGUGGUUGCUAUUGUGCGUCCCUUAGAUAGCCCAUUUGAGCGUGCAGCUUAUUGUAACCAGUCGAUGGAACUGUGGGACGAUUGCGAGUAUAUCGGAGGUCACAGGAUGGAAGAUGCAAUGGGGAACUACGUGCCACUUGAUGAUGAGCUGCUGGAUGUAGUCCACAGGGAUGGCUCUUUUUAUCUCUUGACCAACGAUGAAGAAGUUGUGAAGCUGGUCUUUGAUCGCAAUCAGAUUGUGCAGCCAGUGUCAGGACUUGGAGUUAUGUUGCGGGAUGACUUACCAGCAGACAGAUUUUUGGUGGAACAAGGCCAACAAAUAUGGCGGUACCUUGUUCCAGUGCAAACAGGGCUCCUGAUGGUAAUCAGAUACAUUGUGGGUCGUCGGACUGAGAGAAUAAGAGUGUUCAAGCUCGAAGACAAGGAUGACCAGCUCCGCUGGAUUGAGCAAGAUGAUUUACCUGGUCACAAAGUAUUCAUCGGUCAUGGGUGCUCAAGAUGUUAUGAAGUUGGUGAUGAAGUUCUUAGCGUAUACUUCUAUGAUGACAGAGAGGAGCUGAGGAUGCCUCAGUACUAUUUCAGAGAUGAUUCAGGGAUUGCAACAAGUUUGGAGAUUUUUCCGUGGCCAGUUAUCAUGGGGAAGUCACAAAUUGAGAGUGUCUUCAUGGGGGAAUCACAAAUUGAGAGUGUCUUCAUGGGGGACUCACAAAUUGAGAGUGUCUCCGAAUGCUCUCCACCCGCUUGGUGGCUGCACAAGUGUCCUAAAGCGUGAUAUGAGUUGUAAUACGUUCUCGUAUCCUGCACUCUAUCAUGAAGAAUUUGCUGGCUUGAACUUUAAAGGCAGUCGUUUGUAGAGCUGGCUGUGCUUGGUUAAAAAUAUCUUUGAGCUAUAUAUUUGCUGUAGACAUAUGAGGCUUCAUAAAAUUUGUGUUAACUCGUCUGGUUUU